AUGCAGUGGGUGCAGGAGGGGCGGGGGAAGGGGGGAACUAACAACGUAAAUGGGUUUCCUCGUGCAGGUAGCCAGCAGCUUCCGUCGCUGGUGAAGUGGAUAAAUGCUGUGCUUCCUAACUUUAAUCUGCCUUUAGAUACUUCAGAGGACGAGUUGAGGGAACGGUUGAGGGAUGGAUAUGUGUUAUGCAGCAUUUUGGACAAUCUGGUUCCUGGUUCGGUGAAGGGCAGUGGUUCUAUGAAUGAGCUAACCGGUGUGAAAAGGUUUCUGGUAGCUUUGGAUGAAUUGGGAUUGUCUGGAUUUGAAAUGUCAGACCUUGAGCAGGGAUCAAUGAUGUCGGUAUUGCAGUGCCUUGAGACUCUAAAAACUCAUUUUGCUUAUAAUGCUGCUCGAGAAAAUAUCCAAAGUUGUUCUAGAAAGAGGUGGGACCAGUCAAAUCUAACAUCCUUAGACAAAACUGAUAGUUGCCUCGAUGAUUCAACAUUUCAACAUGCUUUUGAUGGUUCUGUUGGAUCAGAUGGAAUCACAUCCGUAGAUCAUACUGGAAUAAAGUCUGAUGAACUGUUCCAGUUGAAGCAAGGAUUCCAUGUAGAUUAUUCUGAUGCUAAACUUAAUGAAGUAUUGAAAUCAAACAGUUUGGAUAGUGUCUCAACUCAAUUACUUUUUAAUAUAGGAAAUAAGGUCCUAAGUGAUAUAUUUGAAAGGAAAAAUGGAGAUGUACCUCAGGCUCAUCGUGCUGCAUGCUUAUUGAGGAAAAUUCUGCAAUUAAUUGAGUUGCGCUUUUCAAAUCAAGCCGAAAGCAUGAAAAAUCAAAACAAUCUUUUCAAGGCUCGUGAGGGAAAGUAUCAAACAAGAAUAAAUGCACUUGAGACGUUGGCAGUAGGGACAACCGAAGAGAAUGAGGUAGUUUCAAGUUGGGUUCAGCAGUUGAAGUAUGCUUUGCAGGUUGAACAAACUAAAUUUGAGGAGAAGCACAAACUUGAAGAGCAGGACUUUUCUCGUUUAAAGAAAGAAAAAGUUCGUAGUGAAAUUGAAAUUUCUGCACUGAAGCAAGAUUUGGACAUAGUCAAAAGAACACAUGAAAAACAUGUUUCAGAGUUAGAAUUGCAUGCUGCCGAAUCUAAAGCUGAAUAUGAAAAAAGGAUAGAGGAACUUAAGCUUCAUCUUGCAGAUGCAAGAAAGCAAGUGAAGGAACUAGAGGCAUUUUCAGAAUCCAGAUUUUUGAACUGGAAGAAUAAAGAACAUACCUAUCAAACUAUCGUAAAUUUCCAAUUUGGAGCUUUUCAGGAACUGAGAGCUUCCAUGAAAUCUGUCAAAGAUGAUAUAAUAAAAACAAAAAGAAGCUACUUAGAGGAAUUCAAGUACUUUGGAAUCAAGCUGAAAGGUCUAGCCGAGGCUGCAGAAAAUUAUCAUGUAGUUCUAGCAGAAAAUAGGAAACUGUAUAAUGAAGUUCAAGAUUUGAAAGGUAAUAUAAGGGUCUAUUGUCGUAUUAGACCAUUUCUUCCAGGGCAAAGUCAAAGCCAUACAACAAUCGAGUUUGUUGGUGAUGAUGGAGAACUAAUUGUUAGCAAUCCUCUUAAACAAGGAAAAGAAAAUCGCAAACUUUUUAAAUUUAACAAGGUUUUUGGUCAAGCAACAAGUCAAGAUGAAGUAUUCAAGGACACUCAACCACUGAUUCGAUCUGUUCUUGAUGGGUACAAUGUUUGUAUAUUUGCUUAUGGUCAAACUGGCUCAGGAAAGACAUACACAAUGAGUGGACCUGGCCUAUCAUCAAAAUCAGAUUGGGGAGUCAACUAUCGGGCACUUCAUGAUCUUUUCCAUAUCUCCCAGAGUAGGAGAAGCUCUAUUGUUUAUGAAGUUGGAGUUCAAAUGGUUGAAAUUUAUAACGAACAAGUUCGUGAUUUACUAUCAAGCAAUGGUCCUCAAAAGAGAUAUCCUUUUCCUUUCUUUAUUGAAAAAUAUACCAAGUAUUAUUUCCUUGACUUGCACACACUUGGGAUUUGGAAUACUGCCCAACCAAAUGGGUUGGCUGUUCCUGAUGCAAGUAUGCAUUCUGUGAAUUCAAUGUCAGAUGUCCUUGAGUUGAUGAAUACUGGGCUGAUGAAUCGGGCAACUAGUGCAACAGCCUUGAAUGAAAGAAGUAGUCGAUCACACAGUGUUCUCUCUGUUCAUGUUCGAGGAACGGAUUUGAAGACCAACACACUGUUGCGUGGAUGUCUGCAUCUUGUAGAUCUUGCAGGAAGUGAGAGAGUGGAUCGUUCUGAAGCAACUGGAGAUAGGCUUAAGGAGGCUCAACAUAUAAAUAAAUCACUAUCUGCACUAGGAGAUGUGAUAUUUGCUCUAUCACAAAAGAGUUCACAUGUGCCAUAUAGAAAUAGUAAAUUGACCCAACUUCUUCAGAGUUCGUUAGGCGGUCAGGCAAAAACCCUUAUGUUUGUGCAGCUUAAUCCUGAUGUUGCUUCGUAUUCUGAAACUGUAAGCACCUUGAAGUUUGCUGAAAGGGUUUCUGGCGUUGAAUUAGGUGCCGCUCGUAGCAACAAAGAGGGAAGGGAUGUGAGAGAACUUAUGGAGCAGUUGGCAUCUCUCAAGGAUGUUAUUGGAAGGAAGGAUGAAGAGAUUGGGCGGUUACAGUUGCUCAAAGCUAAUCAAAAUGGUGCAAAUCAUGGUAUGAUCUCAGUUAGACACGGGUCAUCAUCUCCAAGGAGACACUCCAUAGGGACUUCCCGAAAUAGCACGAGACGUUCGGGAGCAAGGAGCUUAAGAGUCAAUGGAAAGGCAGCUUCUGACAUGGAUAACUGCUCAGAAUAUAGUGAUAAGCAUUCAGAAGCUGGUUCUCCUCAUUCAAUGGAUGAUUUCAGGAACAAGUCCAGCUCCCUUCGGUUGAAAUUAGCCAGAGAUGAUAUCAGUCAAAAUUUCAAUGAGGACGUUGACCUAUUAAGAUUUGGAGAUGCGGAUUCGGAGGAGAGAUUAAGUGACAUAUCUGAUGGUGGUCUUUCAAUGGGAACCGAAACCGAAGGCUCAAUCAGCAGUAUUGUGGAGUAUACACUUUUUCCUGAACUCGAGAAGGCAGCUGAAACGACACCAGCGAAGGACAACACAAUCAUCAACCUUCCAACUGAGAGCACAGAGAAGCCCUUUAUGCCAUCCAAAAUUCCCAAAGCUGCUCAAGUCCCACACAAAAGUCAGACAAGACCUUCUAGGCUAUCAUUGAAUAAAACCUCCUCGAAGGCUCCGUCAAGUGUUAGAAAACCCACAGCCAGUAGCUCUUCUUCGGCGAAGCCCCUUAAACGUUGGCAAUAG